UCAAACUAAUUAAACAGUAAACCCAGAGCAGUACUCAUCUACUUAGCUAUAACCUAUAAGUGAGAUGGGAUUCAUGAGAAUAGUUGCUUCUGAUGAAGUAUUAGGAACGUUUAUCCCUAUCAUAGUGUACUGGCUGUACGCAGCCCUCAUUGUAUUUAUGGAAAAAUCAUUUCCGAAAUACAAAAUUCGAAGCGCAGAGGAGCAAGACAAGAGAAACCACCUCGUUUCCAAAGGAACAGUCAUCAAAGGCGUCGUCCUCCAACAAGUCCUGCAGGCUCUCACUGCCACACUCGUGUAUAUUCUGACAAACCGUGACGAUGAUGCGGCUGCUUCUAUGACUACUUCUACUACAGGUCAAAAUGAUGAUGGUGAUGAUGGAAUUGGGUCAAUGAUCAUGAUGCUUGCCACAACUAUGGUCCAGUUUCUGAUAGCCAUGGUGGUGAUGGACACGUGGCAGUACUUCAUGCAUAGGUAUAUGCAUGAGAACAAGUUCCUCUACAAGCACAUCCACUCCCAGCAUCACAGGCUUGUAGCUCCGUAUGCAUAUGCAGCAUUGUACAACCACCCGUUGGAGGGUCUUCUCGUGGACACUAUGAGCGGAGCUGUCAGCUUCUUGCUGUCGGGCAUGUCUCCGCGGACUUCGAUUUUCUUCUUCUCAUUUGCAACCAUCAAGGCAGUGGACGACCACUCCGGUGUAUGUAACUUUCCAUGGCACCCGUUUCAUGUUAUGUUCAGAAACAACAGCUUAUAUCAUGAUGUGCACCACCAGCUUUCAGGGACCAAGUUCAACUUCUCUCAGCCCUUCUUUGUGUUUUGGGAUAGGCUACUUGGUACCUACCACAUGCCAUCAUCUGCUGAAGAUGAGCUCAACAAGGAGGCCAAGAGUAAAUAAGAAGCUGCUUCUUAUUUAAUUUGUGUUAUGUUACGCUAUGUAACCAAAAAAAGAAAAUAUAUAUAAAGG